UCCUAUUCGAAACCAGUCUUCGUGGAUACAGUUGCAGAAAAUAAGUAACGUUUUUGGGAGCAUCAGACCAGCCUUUUUGACAGUUGCAUCUAGCCUGUGUUGUCCGUCCCAAGAAUGGCUGGAGAGGCAAACAUACUGAGCAGUGCGUCAGCAAGAGGAGACUUAGCAGACGUUGAGAUGUUAUUACAGAACGGAACAGAUGUUAAUGAAAACAAUGUAUUUGGCAGGACACCGUUACAGGUGAUGAAACUUGGUAACCCAGCCAUCGCGGCAGCGCUCCUGAAGGCAAACGCAAAUCCAAACGUCCGUGAUCAAGUCAAAGGUCUCACAGUCUGUCAUGACGCUGCACGUGAUGGGUACGCUGAUACUCUUCGCGUAUUGGUGGAUCAUGGGGCAGAUGUCAAUCUCCUGGACCACGAUGGUAAUCUGCCAUUGCAUCUUGCGGCAAGAGAAGGCCAUCUUGAAGUUGUUCAGAUACUUUUUUGUAUUACGAUGGACGUGGAAAGACGCAACUCCGAAGGCCACACACCUUAUGAUUUGGCAAAUUUGAACCAUAGAGAAUCCAUUGCGCAAUACAUUCAGACGCACAUUAAUUUAUAAGUAUACAGUACAUAAAACAGUGUUGACUAGGAUUGCAUUCUACAGGAGAAAGGGGGAGAACAUAAUCUACCUCUCUGAUUACAAUGUGUUUGGAUGUUCUUCAGACAUGAUAUCCUCAAUAGGCCUAUCAUGAACUCAGGGGAGUUAUAUUUCCUAUAGUCAGAUUCCAUGGUCUAAUUGCACAGGAUUGGGCUCCAGUAUGCUACAUUUCGGAAUUAAUGUGACCAGACCACAUUGAACAAUCAUUUGAAUCCAUUUAGCCUAUUGUGUAGCCUAAUUAUGUAAGGCCCUAAACAUUAUACUAAUAACUCAACAUUUCGAACUGCAACUGAAUUAUACAUUUGAAUAAUGCAUUCUGGCGAAAUAAUGGGUACCAUCUGAUUUGAUUGAAAUUAUUCUUAUUUGAGAUGCGUGUUUAAUCAUUAAAUUACAUUCAAAUUAAAUGAGGAACAUACUAUUUACUUGAAAACCGUUCAGGCUGUAACAAAUAGGCUAAAUAGAAGACAAUAUAGCCCAGAAGCUUACGCUUGUGCAUCACAUGUAUUAUUUAUUUUCUCUUGCUAUUUUGACAUCUCCUGUCCAUCCAGAGCAUUGGUCAUAAAUUACGAAUUGAUGGUAGCCAGGAGGUUUGGCUAUUCUCUUCGAUUUUUAUUGCACUUGUAAAUAAUGAAAUAAUAGCUUACAUUUUGUAACUACUGUGAAAUCAUGCGCUUGCUAAUAACACUGUGGAUUUACUUAGUACCAAAGACAGGCACUGACAACAUAGAUCAGCAUUAUCCUAGGCCUACCUACGUAAGCCUACCUUUGUUAAUUUUUUUCUGAUUGGAUUUUAGUUUCUUCGUUUUAAUGUAUUGUCGUCUGUUUAAGAAAAUUCUAAUCAAUGUUAUGUCGUGUCUUCUCAUUGAUGAUACAAAUGUAUACAUUUUCCCCAAUAAUUAGACUUUUAGAUUCUAUAUAUUUUAGUCCUACUGUCAUAACCAAAGCACCAUGACUGGCCCAUGCAAUAUUGACUUCACUCGCAUUCAAUGAAAAUUAGGUAUUUUCCUCUGCUUCACUCUAUCUCUCACUUUCAGUUUUAAUCAGAGACUCCAUUGAUAUGGUUUAGGUUAUAUCAUAAAUAAAGGGUGUUGUAAUUCAACCAGAGUAUCAAAUAAAAUUAUCCACCCACAUUUAAAUGAAAAAAAGUAUUUUGAUUACCCUAUUCAAACUGAUAAAAUUAUCAAUAUAUUGCAGCAGGCCUCAAAAUUAUAGUAAGUUACUUAUGCUCAUUACACACGUGGGAUCACGUUAUUUGAUAUGACAAUGAAAUCCUGGUAUUUACACAUUUUACAGGACUUAAAACAUCCAAUAUACGAUUGCAUAAAAGUCUAAUGGAAACAAAAUAAUAAUAAUAAUGAUAAGAUUCUGGAUUUCAAAAGUUCCUAUGGAGUUUAUUUUUUUUCUUCAGAAUUGAUAAGAAUCUGGUAGAUACCAACAUUAGCAUUAAUGGGUUCUGUCUUUCAGAUUGCUGUUGGAUUUACA